AUGUUCCAUGGAUUGCCAAGUGAAGACCCCAUUGACCACCUUGAUGAGUUUGAUAGGCUUUGUGAUUUGACAAAGAUCAAUGGUGUCUCUGAAGAUGCCAUCAAGCUGAGACUCUUUCCUAUGUCUCUAGCUGACAAAGCUCACCAAUGGGAGAAGAGCUUGCCCCAUGGCACAAUCACCACUUGGGAUGAAUGCAAGAAGGCCUUUCUUGCUAAGUUUUUCUCCACCGGUCGCACAGCCAAGCUUAGAGGAGAGAUAUCCAGCUUCAUCCAGCGAAACAAUGAGACAUUCGCAGAGGCUUGGGAGAGGUAUAGGGAGAUGCUAGACACAGCUAGCAAUGGGAACUUCCUCAACCAGGAUGUAGAUGAUGGCUGGCAACUUGUGGAGAACAUAGCUAACUCAAAUGGAAGCUAUGGAGAAGAGUAUGAUCGCACCAAUGGAGCUCGACCCACCACUCGAUCGAGCUGGAGCUCAGAUGAGAAAAGACAUGCUUGCACUCAACUUCGAAGAAAUGCUCCAACAACUUUUACAAGGGCAAGCCAAAGGUUCACUGGAAAUGAACAACAAGUUGAGAUACACUCUAAACUAGAGUCAUUGACUUCAAGAGUCCAAAUCAUUGAGUCUUCAAGUGCAUCAUCCUCUUCACCACAAGAGUAUGCCCAAGCAGUUACACUAAGAAGUGGGCAAUUCCCAAGUAGAGGUAGCCCACCCCAAAUCGCUGUGGACAUCGAUGACGAGGAAGGGGAGGAUUUAGUCGAGUAUGCUGAUAACUCGACCGAACUCGAUCGAGCUGGAACAAAACCCUGA